CUUGCAACCGGCUCGGACCGAGUAUCAAUAUUUGUUCCACCACCCAGUAUGUGGAUGAGCCAAGAAACGAACGCCUUGGGUACAUAUACUGCAUACGAUGCCCCGGUGUACUUUUUCUCUUGACAGAAAGUCGCUCAAGGCUAGCACAAGAACAUGACUGAGAAGAUAUCACAAGUCGAGCGGGUGGUCCAAUCAGACAAAGUCUGGGCUAGUCUCAUCACGAGUAUGAAUUACCUGCCCGGCCUUCUGACUUUGCAUCAUUCCAUCCUGGCCUCAAACACAAUCUACCCGUUCAUCGCCCUUCACACAGACUCACUUCCCGAGGAGGGCUGCGCCGCAAUCGCUGCUCGAGGGAUACCCCUCCAGCGGGUCCCUCGACUAAGCCCCUCAAACACAAGAGACUACUCAAGCGAGCCGCGAUUCGAAGACACCUGGACGAAACUGACCGUCUUCUCUCUCACCGCGUACAGCCGAGUCAUCCUCCUCGACUGCGACAUGCUCGUACGCAAAAACAUGGACGAGCUGAUGAUGGUGCCACUGAACCCUCCCGCAACAAGCACCACCAUUACCACCGGCACAAAGGUCUUCGCCGCCGGUCACGCGUGCACCUGUAACCCUCUCAAGAAGCCUCAUUAUCCGACGAGUUGGGUCCCGGCCAACUGCCCGUUUACAUCCCAUCACGCCGACCCCGAUGCAGCCCGGACGAACGGCAAGGAUCUCACUCAGCAGCCGCUCGGUCUCCUGAAUAGCGGUCUUCUCGUCGUGGUUCCCUCCACAGGUCAUUACGAUGCGAUAGUAGACUGCGUUGAGAACGCACCUGCAGACUGGGUGUUUCCUGAUCAAGACCUCCUCGCAAAUCUAUUCCGGGGACGAUGGGUUGGGUUGCCAUACGUGUACAACGCGCUGAAGACGCUGAGGUGGAACGGCGUGCACGAUAACAUUUGGAGGGAUGAGGAAGUCAAGAACAUUCACUACAUCCUCAGCCCUAAACCAUGGGCUGAUCAUGAAGACGAUACAUCGGGUCAUGAUGAGUCUCAUCAGUGGUGGUGGGCAGCGGACGGGGACCGUAGGGCACGAGAGGAAGCUGACGGGACCGCUGACGGAUACUGAUAUUACGUGCAGCAAACUAUGUGGCAUCAUUGCGCAAGUCAUUGACCAAAGGUCAUCAAUUUAGCUUCGCAGUAAUAACGCCUCGACUGCCAGGCAGUGUCAAUAUUCUCGUCUCCAGCCUUUCACUGAGACUGAUCUCUUCAAGUCUUCCUAAUCAAGUGCAAGACCUAGGAAUACCGUAGAUCCAGGCUGGUAUCUUGAAAUUAUAUGUGAUUCGGUGCACCCCCUUUUGAUAGAACGGAUCAAUGUAGUUGACGUUAAGUAGCAUUCGCUGGGAUGCAUGUCGCGGAUGGUGUCGGGCGAUGGUUUUCCUAUGUUGGCAUACAGCGUCCAUCGCCUUUAUUGCAUUGGGAGUCCGCGGGGGUUUUGCCCGCCCUCGUCGUAUCUAUAUUAAUAGUCAAAAUACGAGCGGCCUAUGAUUCCGCACCGCAUGCACCCUCA